GACUUCUUUAAAAUUUAAUUAAAUGGAUAAAACUCGGAUCAUUCGAAGCUCUGAAGGCACUGUCCAUGGCUUCCACAACGCUCAUGGCAGCUCGGCCAACGCCUCCAUCCUCUCCUUCGCUGCUUCAAAUGAAGCAACGAGAUGCUGUAUACGUUGUAGCGGUGCCUCUGCGCGCUGCCAAUGGCCCGCCCCAGAUGCUCGUCUCCGCAGCCUACUCUCUCGCCCUCUGGGAUGCGCAACACUUCAUGGUCGCCAUCAAACCAGAUCCAUCUCUUGCCCAGGCUUUUAUUUUUGAUUUUCAACCUAAAGAUCCAGAGGGCUUCUAUGCAGCAUUUGCAGCUGCAUUUCAGAGACCAAUCCCAGGACUCAUACUGAAGAGGGCAAUGAGGAGGCUGCCCAAAAGUAGGUGCUGGUUUGUUGGUUAUGCUAGUUCUGAUGGUGUAGAUGUUGCUGACAAGUUCAGUGAAGAUUGGCCUACGGAUUUAAUAGUUGGCAAGCAUGAUUGUCGCAAUUACACCAAUGAACUGGUAGAACAUCUGACUGGAGAACAACGGGUGCUUGAUCGAUUAAGAGCAAGUUUGAGUAUUUGACCCUCUGCUUCAACUUCGAAAUAGUUUUCCCCUACCUUGACUCUUCUUGUGCUGAAGUUGAUGUCAAUCUAGUCACAAACUACUCAAUGAAAAGGUAUGUGUCUCUCUUUGCACUUUUGCUACUUUCUUUUCUUAUACAUGGUGUUAACUGUUUCAUCGGUUUUCUUUUUUUAGUGUGUACGAUAUUGUAGGGGAGAAAGUGUGAAAUAUUGUAUAUGUAUAGUGUAUGUGCUUGAUCUCAUUCUCUCAUUAUCAAUCUAGUUGUUGCUGGACCUGUAAUUCUCAAGUUCAACGCAAAGAUUCAAUUUUCAAACCUCAUCCAAGUCUCUAUCGGUUUAUUGGUUAACCAAACUGACUGGUUAACAGCCAAUGCUUCCUUUACCUUCUGCACUUUGGAAAAGGCAAAGCGGUUUGUGUACAAGCAUCUUCCUCUCAGAUUAAGACUGGGCAUGAAACAUGAUAGAAAGAAAGAAUCGAUCUGUUGCUUUAUUUGUAUUCACUGUUCAUGUUCUCUUUGCACAAAGGUGGUCACUUACCUCUUUUUUUUCGUACUUUGGUUUAUCAGGACAUGGAAACCACUCACAUGUCUGACGAGAAUCCAUGACGAUCUCAUGUUUUAUCCGAUGGAAUUUGAACUCGAGGUGGUGAUAAGUGUUUGCGUUUUUAAGUUUUUACACCAAGAAUUAUUGGAGCAUCUUGUUCCAACUUGCAUUAUUAUACUGAGCAGCUAUGUCGUGGAUCUAUAUCAUAUAGCCAAAUAAUCUUGAUGGAAUUUCGGUUUCCGCCUUCUAUGACUUGAAAUAAGGUUCCCUUGCAGAUCUCAUCUCUUAUAUUGAAAGAAGCAAGUUUAUAAAGAAUUUCCGAUAUCUAUGUGCAUAAAAUGUAUGUGGUGAAUUAUCAUUGCUUGUGAACGAAGAAGAACCAUUUUAAGGAUGUGAAUUAUAUUCUCGGUUAUGUUCUUCGUUAAUUUUUUUUGUUUGUAUAAAACAGAUGUAUCGACUCUCAUCGCUUAACCGGAAUGAAGAUAAUAUUAUGCAUUUUA